UGUCAACCGUUUUAUUAAAAAAUUUCGUAACUUUGAGCAACACUUUCGAAAUACUGUCAACGGAAAAUUUUAGUAAUACUAAACAAUAUUAAUAUAAAAACAAGUAUUUUUCAACAAAGUAUUAUCGUAACUUAAUUUUUUUAUAAAUUUAUCGUCCAGGAAAGUGCCAUCUUGAACAUAGUAACUCGCUCGACCCGCGCAGUCCCGGUCAGUUUCGUGCAUCCAAUAUGGCUGGUCGAGGUGGUUACGAAGAUUUAAGAGAUUAUGGAGGCGGAUAUCGUAAUAACAAAAAGCCUUUGCCAAGUGAACCACCUUAUACUGCAUAUGUGGGAAAUUUGCCAAAUGGUGUUGUUCAAGGAGAUGUGGAUAAGAUCUUUAAGAACUUUAAAGUUAAAGGAAUCAGAUUGGUUAAAGAUAAAGAAACUGAUAGGUUUAAGGGCUUUUGUUAUGUCGAGUUUGAAUGUUUGAAAGAUUUAGUAGAUGCUUUGGAAAUGGAUGGUACAGUAGAAAUUGAUGGUAGUCUCGUUAAAAUAGAUAUAGCAGAGGAGAAAAGAAAUGAUCGAAGUGGUUUCGAUAGAAGAGGACGUGGAGGAGGUAGUGGGGGAGGUUUUAGAGGAAGGGAUAGUGGUCGCGGUGGAUAUGGUGAUGAUUUUGGAGGUUAUGGUGAGAGAGGUCAACACGGUGGUCGACAAGGUAGUACAUGGGAUAUGAGAGGAAACAGAGGUGGUAGUAACAGUCAGUUUAACGAUGAUCCAAGUGGAGGAAGUCGAGAUUGGUCUCAUGGUGUAAUGUCUAGAGGAUAUGGUGCUGCUGCCAGACCACCCAUUCGUGGAAAAGGAUCUGAUCAGAAACCACCUCCAGAUACAACUGGAAGGAAACGUUUGGUACUAGCGCCGAGAACAAUUGAAGCACCUGUCAAUGCAAUUGCUGAAUCAAGUAAAUCAAGUUCAAUAUAUGGUGGAGCAAAACCUCGAGAGGAAAAACUUAAAACUUAUGACAAACAAUGGGAAGAAUCUCUUCAAAGCUGAAACAAUGAAAUUACAAUAAUUUUUAUUUACCCCUAAAGGGGGGUGUCUUCCCCGAAAAUUCAUAAGGACAAAAGGUGAAUUAAUGAGACUCUUAGGUUCUACGCAUUUGACAUUUUUAUUUAAAAAUAAAAUUUUCUUGUCUAAUGCCCUCUCUAUUUACAUUAACUUCUUAGUUAAAAUGAAAUAUAACAGCAAAUUGGGAAUUUAAUGCACAUACUAUGUGCACAAUGCAGCAUGCUUCAAUAGUGUUGCUAUUAAAAUAAGUAUAUAUAUAUGUAUGUAUGUAUAUACAUAUAUAUAUGUAAAUAUAUAUAUAUUUAUGUAAAUAUAUAUUUACAUAUAUUUACAUAUAUAUGUGUAUAUAUAUUUAUAUAUGUGUGUAUAUAUAUAUAUAUAUAGAUAUAUGUGUGUAAAUCAUAAUUGUUGAGAUGACACAAAAAUACAUUUUAAUAUUCAUGUCAAUUUCAUGUUGGGUUUUGUAUCAAUGUGUAAUAAUACUGAGGGUAUGUGUACAAACUAUUAAAAAUAUAUACUGUCAUUGCAUGUGUAUUUGAUCCCGUGCAAGCCGUAUUUUCAAAAGCUGUACUCUGCAAUAAUCCCUAUUACAAAGAGUACAAAGCAUUGUCUGUAUUAUUUUUCCUUCCUUACAAUUUUUAUGUUUCACUUUAAUACUGAUCAUUGUAUGCGCUUGUUAAAAUGGUUUGAGAAUGAUUGUUUAAUAGGUAAAGUCGCAUUUAAUUAAAAUUAUUAAACAAUUGUUUAUUCGCUCUUAAAAUAAAUAAUUAUAAAGAAUUAAAAUAUUUGAGUAAUUGAAGAAAUUUAUACACCACCGAAUAAUACGAAAAAUAAUAUGUCGAUCAUUAAGCAAUAACAUUAUGUAACGAAUUAAUUAACUAUGUUAGUAAUAAAUGUCGAUUAUUUGAACGAAGUACUGAUGAUUAUGAGAUAAAUAAAGGAAAACUCGGAAUAAUUACAAAUGC